AUGAAUAGUACGAGGUUUUUCCCGUACUUUAAGGAUUGUGUUGGAGCCAUAGACUACUCACAUAUUCCAGUGAUGAUCACGGGGUGGGAGGGAUCGGCAUCAGAUUCACGAAUACUGGCAGAUGCUCUUAACCGACAACACAAAUUAAUUGUCCCAACAGGCAAAUAUUACUUAGUAGAUGCUGAUUUUGCGAAUGCGCCAGGCUUUUUAGCACCAUUCCGUGGCGUUCGGUAUCAUCUAAAAGAAUUUAGGCAAGGUUGUCAACCUAGGAUAAAGGAAGAGUUGUUUAAUCUUCGUCAUUCCUCAUUGCGGAAUGCUAUAGAACGCGCUUUUGGAGUAUUGAAGGCACGAUUUUCCAUAUUAAAGAUUGCUUCAGGCUAUCCUUUAAAUACACAAGUCAAUAUAGUCGCUGCAUGUUGUAUCCUACAUAAUCAUAUUAUCAAUGAAAAACAUGAUCAAGAGCUUGAUUUUGAAAAUUACAAUGAUAUCGGUAAUGGUGAAGAUGAAAGUGAGAUGCAUGAAGAUGAAGGUAAUAAGAGUAGUGAAGAUGAGAAUGAAUGCGACUUCCGAAAUGAAUCUGCGGCUGCUAGGAGGGAAAAACAAAGAUGGAGGGAAUUUCGACUUGGACUUGCGUCGGCUAUGUGGGAAUCAUAUAAGUCAGAACAAAACAUCAAUUAG